ACUUCCUUGCAUUAACAACACAACCCAUACAAACAACACCCACUAUUUAUUUCUCUCUUCUCACUUUUCUCUCCAAUUCUCUCUCUCUCUCUCUCUACCCUCUUCUCUCUCUUUCUCUAACAUGGAAGAGCUAGAUAAUUACCAAACGACCAAAGCUUACAAUAACAAUAACACAAGCACAAAUAAUCCUAGUACCACACGCUUAAAACUCUUCGGCUUCAGCGUCCAAGAAGACGACGACCAGCCCACCGUCGUGGACUCCGCCAAAACGACGCCGUCUGGGUCGCCGGAAUCCGGCGGCUUUGCCGGCGCCGGAGACCGGAAGUACGAGUGUCAAUACUGCUGUCGAGAAUUCGCCAACUCCCAAGCCCUAGGAGGCCACCAAAACGCCCACAAGAAGGAGAGACAGCAGCUGAAGCGGGCCCAGCUCCAGGCCAGCCGAAACGCCGCCGUUUCGUACGCGAGGAACCCUAUAAUCUCUGCUUUCGCGCCGCCGCCGCACCUCCUCGCUCCGGCCGGAUCCGUGGUGGUUCCGGCGGCAGCUCCGGCGUCUCCCUCUUGGGUCUACGUCCCGAGGGCGGCGCCGCCUUUCCACGUUUCGCACGGCUGCGUGUUUCCGCCUGCGUCAGCGGGAGUAAGCGGCGGCGGAGGAGGGAGGUCCGGUGGUGCGGGUGCAGGGGGGUUUUCGUAUAGUGGCAACGUAGGAGAUUAUAAUCAUAAUCAUCAUUCGGCAUUGACGAUGGGCUCUCAGGUGCAACAAGGCCGGGCCCAUUCUAGGGUGGUUGAUGGACCGUCGUUGAGUAGGUUCUCGAAGGGGAACGGUGGGCCCAGUUUCGAUGACUCAUUGGGCUUGGACUUGCAUCUUAGCCUCGCGCCUGCUGCACCUUGAAAUUAGCUCGGCUCGGCUUGAGAAAAUUUGGUUGUCCAAAAUUGCAUAGUUGCGAACAUGGGUUGGCUUGGGCACAAUUACAAACAAUUGUAAGUUAUAAUAUGUGGCUUAUUUUGAGGUUUCCCACUUCCCAGCAAAAACAAAGAGGAAAACAGGAGAGAGUUGCACUUACAUGUGGCUGACGUUCAGAACUCGAUCGGCUCGAUUAUCGGCUGAGCUUCGCGGCUUGGCUUGGUUGGCUUGGCUUUCAGAAAUGGUUAGUUUUAACACUGGUUUAUUAGGCUGGCUGGUUGAUGAACUUUGGCUCAGUUAAAUUCGGCUGGGAAUUGCUGAUGUUUAUUUUGCUAGUCGGAUCGUUGUACAUUUUCCAAAUUAAUUUAUUAAUUUUUUUAAGGAA